AUGUCGACCGCGAAGUUGGAGAAGAAGAUUUGGAAGCUCGAGACGAAACUGCGAGAGGAAUUCCGAGCUGAGCUGCAGCACACCAUGGCGGACUGCAUUGCGAGGGUAGAGAAGCUUGAGUCUCAAAUCUAUAAUAAGCCGAUUUUCCCUCGCAAAACAAGCGAAGAAGAGAGCAUGAUACAGAUUUCGGUGGACUCUGCGAUCAACACCGCUGCGAACCUGAAAGAUUCGUUCUCCAUCGACGACUUGGCGGUGCCGACGGCGCUCAAACCUGUCCCGGCGAAGAUCGUAGCACCUGUGGCAAAUCCUGUGGUUGUGGAUGCAGCACCGGCGGGGGACGACCAGGAAGAUGACAACUUUGAGCCGGUAGGUUUCAUGGAAUCCACUUGGUCCAUGGUCCUGGUGCUCGGAUUGACGGAUGCGGGAUGGUUUGACGAGCUGAUGGGUCUGCUCCUCCUGCUCGGGAGCGCUACCGUGCAGAUCAUCUUCACCAUCAUCUUGUUGACGGAUGCCUUCCUCGGAGACCCAUUCAGUGCCAAGCUGGAGAGCGCCAGGAGCUGGAGGCGUAGUGCACACGACCACAGCUACAUGGACCUAGCCGGCAGUAGCCUCGUCUCCCGCGUUUGCAACCAAGAUGACUCCUUGAUCCUGUCGAACGCGCAGGCAGGUAUCAUUGCAGAGAUCAACUCCUUCUUAGGGCUUGGCCUGCUUGAGUUUGAGACGGCCGGACUUCGCCCUGGCAUGGUGCUCUCCACAUUGUGUAUUCUGCUUUGGUGCCUCUACCUUUUGAAGGAGUUCCGCUUGGUGGGCACCGGCGUGGAGGCUAUUCUGCAUGUGGCGCGAAGUGGCGCCACCACCUUUGAACAUGGCUCCUUUCGCACCAUCUCUUACUUCCGCUGCUGGUUCUUCUGCUUCACGAGCCUGAUGCGCAUGGCCAUUGCGGCAGGUAUUCUGUAUGCGGGCAUCAUCUGGCUUGCCAACACCGCUUCCAUCACCGAGCUGAUGCUCAAUGCAGUGGCCCUGGGAUCGGUCAUGGAGGUGGAUGAGAUGAUCUUCUCAGCCAUGAUGCCCAAGAGGAUCCAAAAUCGAGUUCAAGAGCUCGAAGCGGUGAAGAUCUGCUUCACGCGCCGGCGCAGCCAAUGCGAAGCACUGGUACUCGUCCUGCUCAUCCUCGGCCUCCUUCUCUGGCCCUGGCACUUUUUGCUCGAACCCCUCGGAUCAACGAUGCAGCAGGUGAAGCAUGCCUACUGUGGCGGCGAACGUGAUUUCGUAGUGGCCAUGAACGACGACAUCGGGGUGAUCUUGGCGCGUGGAACGGAGUCGUACCAGCGGACGGACCACGACAAUGCCACCCUCAUUGAGACCGCAGUGCAGGAUUAUGCAUUUGUUGGAUUCUCGGAUUUCGUUUCGUUCCAAGAAAGCGGCCCCGCCUUCGCGAACAAGCGUGCUGAGAACAUCGCAGACGCAGCCUCGACGGUACAGUCCUGCAAUGAUUUCGAUGCCUGGUUUGUGUUUGGAAAGGCCAAGAGCGUCAUCGACUUUGCCAACAUCUAUGCUGUGUAUUGGCGCACCGUGACUUUCAGCCUUGGCUUUGGCGAGAACACCACCUGUGCUGAGAUGGUGAACUACUGCGACCGCAGCAGUCUCCUUCGGCUGGUGUGCGGCCCGACAUGCGGCUGUCAGUCGGAACGCUACAACUCCUGGUUCAUGGUGGAGGCCCAAGGAUGCUCCCGAGUUUGCUUACAGCGGCGCCGGGAGUUUGUGGAGGAGGCAAGGAACCACCCCGAGACUUGCAUAGAUGUGGAACGCGACGAUGAAAGGUGGCUGGCUCUUUGGGACAGUUAUCCUGCCGCAGCCGCCAGCUACGGCAAGAUCAUAGAGCCGGCACAGCUGGAGCACUUGUCAUGGACUGCCUUACGGCUAAAGGAGGUUGGGUGUGCGGCCCUGCAGAACAACGACGGCUAUCAGGAGCCAGUGACCAAGGCGCCCUGGUGUGCAGGCUUCGCCCAAUUCUUCAGCCCACUGUCGGAACUUUGUCCCGCGACUUGUUUGGGGUGCGGGGACUACAGUUGCCAGGAUGUCCGCACCGGGAUGCUGCAGGCCCUGGCCCCACACCUGAACGCGACCGACUGUGCCGACAUCGUCGCUAGGCGCCUUUGUGACCAACCCGGGUUAGAGGCGGCGAGUCUGUAUUGCUGCCAGUCUUGCGACGGGACUCACGGCGGGCAAGAUAGACCCGAUGGCGACGACGGGGAUGGAGGAGAAGCUGAUGGAGAGAAUGAGGAUGGUGGGCAUGAUGGCGCAGAAGGAGCUGACGGUGCAAGCGAGAACUACGGAUCUGCAGAUGAUGGCGUGGGCGCAGAGGGGGACACUGGAUAUGGUGAUGGAGAAGGUACUGGAGAUGGAGAUGAUGAACCUGCAGACGAAGCUGGGUAUGGAGGUGAUGGAACUGAUGGAGGUGAAGACGACGCAGGGCUUGCAGACGAAGUCGGUUAUGGAGAUGAUGGAGAGGAAGAUGGCGCAGGGUUUGCAGACGAAGCCGGGCAUGGAGGUGAUGGAGAUGUUGAGGAUGGAGACGACACAGCUGCAGACGGUGCUUAUGGUUACACAGACGCGGGUGAAGAGUGA